AUGGCUGAACAAAUAGCGAUGCUAAAAACUUCGCACCUUUCCGACGUAACGCGUCUUCAAAAUGAGAUUGAUGAAUUGAAACGCAAUCCAGCCGGCCCGACGGACAACCACGAGCGCAACGAGCAACUGACUCUGCAGUGGGCUAAAACCUCAAUGAACGAGCUGCGUAUCGAAAUGAAGGAGAUCUCGAAUAGCAUCAACAAUUCGGCCCUGUUGCGGCAGUUACACGUCAUUCGUAAUGAACUGAAGCAAGCGCUCAUGGAGACUUCGGACCUAGCCCAACUAGCUCGGACUCACGAAGCCCGGGUUGAUAAGUUGGACAGCGAUGUAGGCCGCUUGAAGUACGAAGGUCAACAAAUCAGGUCUACUAUUGCUGAGAUAAAGACACACUAUUCCAAGUUAUCCAAAGAGAUAAAAACAAAACAGCUUGAUGAGUUAAACAAUGAUGUGUACAAUGAAGUACUAGAACCCCGUGAGUUACGAUUCGACAACUUCAAACGUGAACAACCUCACAAAUUACGCCAUAACAAGAUGAUUCAUGCUCAAAUUUCGCGCCUAGCUCGUAGUCAGGAUCAGCUAGAUGAGUCUCAACAGAGUUUACAAACGCAGAUACUUGACGUACAACGACGUCUCGAUCGUUACGAGGAACCUAACUGGAACCUUAUAACAGCCAAAGUUGAUUUUCUGGAACUUGAAAAUAAAAUCAUACGGAGUGAUCUCUCUAAUACCACACAGAAAGUUUUGGACUUCGAUAAAGUUCACUCAUCCAUGUUAGAAUUGCGAGAAGAUGUCGAAAGUAUUGAAAAUAAGGUCGACAAGACUAUACCCGAGUUUCGUAAGGAGAUUUCUAAGUUGGACAUCAAUUUUGCUCAACUCAACGCUCAAUCGUCGUACCUGAAGGAGGAUCAAGAGAAUUUGCGACAGUCUGUAAAAGCGAUCGCCGUCAGCGUAAGCAAUGCGAUCGACCGUGCUGAAAUGGACCGUUUAGCUAUGAAAAAGAUUAAUGAUUCAAUUGCUGAACUUGAGAAUAGCUCCAGACAACAUUUUUACCGUCUCAACGAUCAUAUUCUGAAGAGUGAAGCCAACAACAUAAUUUUCAAUCAAACUACGAUUUCCAUACCAGAACUUAUGAACGAAGUGAAGGAGUUGGAGCCUGUUGAAAGAGAGUUCGAAGAUCUUGUAAACCAACUUCCCAAAGAUUGUACUGGCUUUUCUGGCCCUCCUGGUGAUUAUCUGAUCCAUCCUGGUCAUACCCCCGUGGACACUUGGUGCGUUAACGGAACUACGCUUCUCCAACGCCGCUAUAAUGGCACAGUGGAAUUUAACCGAAAAUUCUCUGAAUACGUUCGCGGAUUCGGUAACCCUGCAUCAGAAUACUGGAUUGGACUCGAAUCUAUGCACCAACUUACGGUCGAUAACUGCUCGUCUAUGCGUAUUGACAUGACUGAUAUAUACGGCAGUUCCUGGUACGCUCAAUACGAAAACUUCUACGUUGGUGACGCGGAUUCUGGUUACGUUUUGGAGGUUGGCGGUUUCAGAGGCAAUGCAAGCGACGCAUUUGAGUAUCAAAACCACAUGGAAUUUUCAACCAUUGACCGCGAUCGGGAUAUUUCAAAUACCCACUGCGCCGGUAACUACGAGGGAGGUUGGUGGUUCUCCCACUGCCAACAUGUUAACAUUAAUGGCAAAUACACUUUAGGUUUGACCUGGUUCGAUUCCGCUAGGAACGAAUGGAUUGCAGUGGCUACAAGCGAAAUGCGUCUGUACCGUCGUCAAGGAUGUCACUAA